AUGUCUGAAGUUACAAUUUCUGGAAUGACCAUCAACCUUUGGUUACUUUUUCAUGAAAUUGUUAUUUUUAGGGUUACCAUAGGAACGGAUAAUCGUAUUUCUGAGCUUAAGAAAGUUAUCAAGAAAGCCAGAGAACCCGAGUUUGAUAAUUUCACUCCGGACAGACUUAAGCUUUUAAAGCUUAAAAACCCUGUUGAUGACGAACAUAUUUCUGAUGUUCAAAACUUGAACCUUCAGGGUAACGAGGAUGAGAAUGACGAUGUUUCUCUAAUGAAGGAUAUGCGAAAAAUUGUCACUUACUGGCCUGAAAAUCAAGCGCCUUCCGAAGAUCUUAUACACAUUAUUGUAGAAGCGCCUGAUCUCUCCGAGCAACCUACUGCUGAUUUGGAGAGUGCACUUCGAAAUCUUGAUGGCAAAGUCGAUCUUAUGAGAACUGAAUUAGAAAACGUUUAUGAAAUAUCCGCUCGUCAAGAAAUUGCAAAAAUAAGCAGUUCCCAUUACUCCUCCAAAUUUGAAAUAUCAGAUCUAAAUGAUCUUGUACAACUUUCUUUACCACGGAAAAAAUUCUCCAAUGAAAACCCAAAGUACGACUCUCAAAUAUCUAUUCAAGCAUAUCGUGCUGAUAAACUUGCAAAUCAUAUUUAUAUUAAAAAUAUGAGAAAGAAACUUGAAGAUUCAAUAAGUUAUAUUCGUUCAUUACCCAAAAAUAAUAAUUUUAUUAAAAAUCUCAAUACCCUCGCUGACAAUGCAGCAGCAGCUCUUGAUACCUGGAAAGCUUAUGAAAAGAAAUCUACCGGUUCGUCACAAAAUCGUCUAUUUCUCGCAAAUACAGAAUUCUUGGGUGUUAUGCUGAUCACUUCGUAUAUCAUGGACCCAAAAAUAGCUAUAGAGAACGAUCAUGCACCGUUCAACAAAGUUCUUGAAUUGGACGUUCGUGGAAGACCAACAAGUUAUGAUAUGAAUAAUGUCUCAAUUGAGAUAGGUGAAAUUAAAUUAACAACCAAGAACCUACAUCAUGGUUAUCGACAACUAUUGAUCAGACUUGCUUCACUUGGGUUCGUGAUUGAAGCGUUGAACAGUAAAGAUGGCGAAGUAGGCGAUUAUAGGUGCGAAUUAGUCGGAAUAUUAUACGUCCCGAAAGUCCCUUCCAUUAAUAUUCCAAAUGAAUGGGAAGACGGUAUUAAAUUUCCCGAAAGGACCAAACACACUAUAAGAAUUGUCGCAGUAGGCGAUAAACCAUAA